AUGAACUCGACCGGGCGAAUAAUAGCUUUCUGCGUCUUCACCUCUGAAGAAAUUGAAAUCGUAAGUACAUUACACCGCAUUUCGGAGGCACACAAAACCGACGGCUUCAUGAACGAUAAGCCAUUGCAGCAGCGCCGCCUUCAGGCCGCACGUUCUGCUGCAUCCACGUUUUAUGACCAGGCGGCCCGAACAGAACUCGAGCAGUCGACUCCGACUAUGACGACGAAGAUCACGACAGAUGUGAGGAUAAGACCUCUUUGGAUCACCGCGCCCGACCUCAAUAUUGGAUUGUUUCGGUGA